GUCGUCGUCGCUGCGUGGGGGGGUCACCCAUAACAGUGUUUUUGUUUAGUGGCUCUUUCUUUCCCUCGUAUACCCUCGAUUGUCCUCCCGUUGGCUGUGUUUGCUAGGCUAAGCAGGCUAGCCUAAACAGCAGAAUGGAAAGGAGAAUAGUUGCGAUAUCGCAAUGGCUUUCAGUGGGACAAGUUUGUAGACGGGCCGUUCAAAUAUGUUGUUCUGGUCUAGUCUGGUCCGGUCCGGCGUGGCCCACUGCGGUUGCACCCCCCACCCCUUUUUUUUUUUUUUUUUUUUUUUUAAUUAUCUGCUAAUCUUACCCCAGCUAACUGAGUGAUUAGCAAUUUGAAUGGCGCUUGUGUUGGGAAGAUGCAGGGAUGCUACGGCGCUUCUUUGCGGUACACUUUGGAGCAUGUGAGCUAAGCUAACAUUCGUGCAGAUUCCUGCCAGUGCUACGGAAUGGGAGUAUAUCAACAUGCGUGCACAAUGGAGCUAACGUGGUGAUAAUUGGCAAGAUGGCAUCGGCGAGUUGCUUUUCAAAAUGGUGUGUUGAGCUGGAUAGAGUGUGACCAUUUUUGUCCAACAAUGGCUAUUUUGCCAUUGCUUGCUAUAUUUGGAACGUGACGCACCGUCAGUGCGUGCUACGUUGACAGAUAGAAAAAUAUUAACCCACAAUGGGGAUGUAUUAGGAAAAUCGGCUGUAGUGGGUAUUGUUGUAGAGUUUUGUUUUUAUCCUGCUCAUUACAUAUCAAGCUCACUUGGAUUUAACCUGCUCUUAGGGCCAUUACAUAUUAUGAGUUUAUAACACUACACCGUGUACAUUUAAUAAUUAAAGCAACACUAGGUAACUUUUCAACCUUUCUAAAGUAUUUUCAUCACAUUUGUGAUAUGUCGACUUACAAUUAGUUGAUUGACAGACAACUGCAUUUUAGAGAGAUUUUGUGCAUUUUUUGUGUGAAAAAACUGAGCAUGCUAUUGUCAUUGAACGAAGUGUGGUAAUUAGGGCUGCAGCUAUCGAAUAUUUUAGUAAUCGAGUAAUCGACUGAAAAUUCUAUCGAUUAAUCGAGUAAUCGGAUAAAACAAAUAUAUUUUUAGGUGAAGAGCACUUAUAGAUUGACAUGAGAAAAUAAGACAUUUUACCAUUUUCAGUCAAUCAAUGUCUUUAUUUUUUAUGUAUAUUGUUGAAAACAGCCAACAAUUAAAUCUCAGAUGUAACUACAAUUAAAAAAAAAAAAAAAAAAAAAAGACUAAUUCACUAUAUUAUAUAUAUAUAUCAGAGGUUGCGCUAGACAUUUUCGUUGUCUGUCAUUUUGACUGACAGGGUCAUAAAAAUCCGGUCAUAGUCUAUUUUUACCCGUCACUUAAAUUUUUAAAAUGAUAAUGAUGACAUAUUCAAUAGUUUUUAUUCAUUUUUAAUUAAUAUUGUAACGCUUGCUUGGCGGCGAAAAAUUAGACACAGAAGUCAAGGUAUUUUUCUCCCUUUUUACUCUGCUUACCGCCAACAACUCCGCCCCCAAAGAAAAAGAGGCAACGAUAUAGACCCCAAUCACCAACGUCACACAAUGAUCUUAAUUGUGGUUGUCAGCCCAAAAUAUUCUAAACAUAUAUUAAAUGCAUCUUACCAGAUAUAAAAUGACUACUACAUAGUCUGUGGUGAUCGUUUGGUGCCCAGGUUUCUUGUCGAAUUACAGCAGUCCAUCGCGCUCUCAUCUUCGGGUCUCUCAGAAUAUGGUAGAACUUAAGUCUCUCCGUCUAUCUUCUCUGUUACAGCAACCAACCGCCACACACGCCUUCACCAUUUUGAUUAUUAAUAUUAACGAGCAGAAAAACACGCUGUAAUAGGAGGCAUGUACGUAGCGGUAAUGUGUAAACAUGACGAUAUGGCGGCUCCAGUCAGGGGGGCGGAGUUGUGACGUCAUGUGAUUGGGGUCGAUACACAGGUGGCAAUCUUGUCCAUCAAUUGGAUGACGCACUGGCACACCGGGUGCACCAAUAAGAACCUCGCGUUAAUGUGUCAAUCACGGUGCCGCCGCCAGACCCCGGUGACGCUACAAUAUUCUGACAGAAGAGCCAACGACGUCAUGCAUUAAGAGAGACAAUAGCUAAUUAAUAUGCUAACUCGCCACCCUGUGGUCUGGGGUGUGAAUUGCAACCUGUCAAAAUGACGGACGGACUUCAGCUUUUUCCGUCACCGUUUUAAAAAACCGGUCAACGACGGAAAAUAUCCGGUUAACGCGACCCCUGAUAUAUAUAUAUAUCACACACACACACCUAAAAAUGCCUUUACGCUUGAUAACACACAUCACUUAAAAGUUAGGAUUUUUUUCCACGUUUUUCAAUUGAAUUUCUAUUUGUGUCGAGCCAUUUUUAAGUUCUAGUAAAGUUUUAAGUUAGUCUAAACUGUAAGUCCUGAUAGGAUUUUGAGUUUUUGCAGUGUUCAAAAUAAAUGUAUGAUUCAGGCUGUAUUGGAGCACAUUAGGGACUAGUGCUACUUGGUGUUUCAUCCAGCAUUGACUACUGAGCUAAAAUUGAUAGUUAGCAUUAUUGAGUUUUUAUUUGACACCCUCAUCACUCCACAACGCUAUGUUAUGUUAAAGCCUGUAUGUAAGACACGUUAGCCAUGCAUCGAAAGUGGUCUUAAUUAAUAGAAACCUAGCCCUCCGCAGGGCUAACGUUACGUGAGCUAAUAGUGACAGUAACGUUAAUCUUAUAUAUUAGAGCUUAGCGCUCUUUAUUAGCGCUUAGCGCUCUACUGCUUUAAGAUGGCGGCUGUUUGCUAACGCUGCCCAGACGCGGCCUAGUCUGUCAUUUCGCAUCUAGUUCAACAUACAUGUGAUCUCUAUGAGACUCAUCAGACGCUACCUGCAACUAACGUAGCAUGUGCAGGCUAGUAUUUAGCAACGUCGGUGUCGUUUGUAGCGGCUGUCUGCUGCAGUAAAAUAUUUUUUUUUUGCUUCUUCCUCUACGCACGUGACAUCAGCGCGUUGUCCCGCAUUAAAAGUAGUCCGAGCAAAACGUGAUGCUUAGAGCUGUCAAAAUAAACGAUUACUCGAGGUGAAUAAAAUUACUCGGAUCAGUUUUUAAACUCGAGUUACUCGAGUUGCUCGAGUAUUCGUUUCAGCUCUAGUGGUAAUUGUUAGAUUUAGAUCUGAUGUUAAAACCUUAUCAUUUGUAGUGAAUUUCAUGUUGCUGCUUGGUAAAUUUUACAUGCACAAGGUGAGCGUUUCAAGGUCUGUUCCAUAUUUUCAACUAUAUUUUUGGGAAUUUAUUUCUUAUAUAGAUUCGCUUAAGCAUAUGAAGAACAGGAUGAGUAUUUGUACACUACAAUAUCUCAGGGAUCUGUGUUUGAGUGACUCUUAGUGUUGUGUAUAUUUUUUGUGUUCCUGUUUUUGUAAAUAGGACAAUUGAAGUGCCUUAUUUAUUUAUUUUUUUAAAGAAUUCUGCCAUGUCUCACGAGGAGUACAGUAUGUAAAAAGUGCCUCACUUGCCACGUUUACAUGGAGCCAAAUAUUCCAAUUACAAUCGGAAUAUUUGUUCAAACCGAAUAAAUGUGUUCCAUAUAAACACCUCAUUCGGAAUGAACAGGCCCAAACCGAAUGGAAUUUCAUUCCGAUUCACAGGGGUGGAAUAUUCCUUUUCCCAAACCGAUUAGAAGUAAAAUUAUAUCAUGUAAACAGGGAAGCGGAAUGGUGUCUGGUUGCGUUCUUUCUUCGCAUGCUCCAUAGGUGGUGACGUCACUUGGUGACGUAAGUAACGUCACUUGCAACAUGGCUUCCAAGCACACGCACAGCGCACCCAUACAACUUUUUAAAUGAACGGCGUAUCAUUCUGAAGUUUUGUUUCCACUCGAAAAGUUAAAACAGCAGCUGAUCUGACGAUCGAUCUCCAUGUUUUGCAACGUGACGCUUUGUUUUGAUUAAUCUGCGUAUGUCAGACGGCAGUUGUCAAACGUCCUUUCGGAAUAAAGGCAGUCAUAUGUAAACGCUGGAUCCGAAUAGGUGAAGUGACAUGUAAACAGCUGAUGUGAAAUUUUCAUUCGGAAUGAUUUGAAUCGGUAUGAAUAAAAGUCAGCAUGUAAACGUGGCUACUGAUUGUUUUUCUUUCAUGCAUGUUUUUGUGUUUCUUUGUAUUGCACAGUUUUGUAUCGGUUGUGCUGUAGUAUGUGUGUAAUUGAUUGAAUUAAAAAAAAAAAACUAGUUGAAUGACACCGCUUUUUUUUUUUUCUUAAUCAUGAGGCGGUCUGUAUCGCUUCCACUGACACUAAUUAAUAAACGUCAUAAUGUAUUGACGGGGCGCAGGGCCGAAUUAUAGGGGGCUCUUUGUUAAAGCCGACCGAGUGGAAAAAUUGUUUGUUUGUUGAAAAUUCUUGUGAAAAAUGCGUAAAUCCCUGAAUUCUUUAUAGAUUUGGAUGUAAAACAGUCUCGAUUCUUAGUUAAAAGCAAAAAAAAACAACAAAAAAAACAUGCAGGUAGCAUUUAUUUCACAUAAAUAUUGUGAACUAUGAGGCUAGUCAGUAAGGAAAUUAGCCCUCACCAUAUGUAAACAAAGAGCUUUUUCCAUUGAAAAUUCUCGUGACUACGGUAAAUGCGUAAAUCCUUGAAUUCUUUUUAGAUAUGGACGUAAAAGAGGCUCGAUUCUUUGUUAAAAGAAAAAAGAAAAAAAAAAACAUGCAGGUAGCAUUUAUUUCACAUAAAUAUUGCAAACUAGGAGGCCAGUCAGUAAGGAAAUAAGCUCCCGCUAUAUGUAAACAAAGAGCUUUUUGCGUUGAAAAUUCUUGUGAAUAAAUGCUUAAAUCCCUGAUUUUUUUAUACAUAUGGACGUAAAGUCUCAAUUCUUGGUUAAAAGCAAAAAAACUGAGCAGGUAACAUUUCAAAGUAUAAUGCCAAUGCUGUAGCAGCUAAUUUUUCCCAUUGAUUUUUUUCACAACAUUUCAAAAUGCAUGCAUGGUACAAAAAAUAUAAUAAUCACCUUGAAUCCUCAAACAAAUCACUCCUGAGACAAUCCUUCCUGUUUGUAUGCAGUACAGCUUUCAUACUUUUUCAACCUUAAUCCGGCGUUAGAUUGCUGCAUGUGACCGACUGCUAAUAAAUGAAGCAAUGAAUGGGGAAUGUGUCAUGUCAAUACAUUAUGAAGUCUAUGACUAAUUAUAUUUGAGGAGGGUGGCAGGAACCUUGCCACAUAAAAAAUAAAUGUGCUGACUGCUUUACAGCCUAUGUCACUUCCCCCUUUUCUCAUUCAUUAUGAAGACUUGAAGUUGAUGCGAACGCUUUGGGGCGAAUUCUGCAAAGAUGGCAGACCAACAAAAGAAACAAAAUUUUGCCUGAGGAGGGGAAAAAGUGAGGCUACCAGGGAUAAAUGGAUUCUCAAGAAUAAACAUUGGCCCAGCUUUCACUCGCUGGCGUGACAACCCCCCCACUCCACUCCACCCCACCCCAACCGAACUCGUCAGCGCUGUAAGGAGCUGCUGGAAACAGAAAUGUUUAAUCCAUCUGCAGGCGACCGGGAGAUUUUGAGUUUACGACACCGCGCGGGUGUGCGCUGGUCGUCAUGGAAAACGAAUUCUUCCUUAAGGCAAAACACUACCGCUUUUGUCCACCGGCAUCGCUAAAAUCGUCAGAAACAAAAGUUACCUAGUGUCGCUUUAAGCGUUUCGGAUGUGAGAUGUAUGGGUGGAUUUUGGGGUUGAAAAUACAAUUUUUUUCUAGUUUUUGCAUUCCGUUUAUAGUAGGGGUGUAACGGUACACAAAAAUCUCGGUUCGGUACGUACCUCGGUUUUGAGGUCACGGGUCGGUUCAUAGGCCGCAGUUUGAUGAUCGACUUUGUGAUCGUGUCAUUGGACUUGCGGCCGCAUGUUUUGGACACUCGGGUGAAGAGAGGGGCGGAGCUGUCAACUGAUCACCACCUGGUGGUGUGUUGGCUCCGAUGGUGGGGGAAGAUGCUGGUCAGACCUGGCAGGCCCAAACGUAUUGUGAGGGUCUGCUGGGAACGUCUGGCAGAAUCCCCUGUCAGAAAGGGCUUCCACACCCACCUCCGGCAGAACUUCUCCCUUGUCCCGGGGGAGGUGGGGGACAUUGAGUCCGAGUGGACCAUGUUCCGCACCUCCAUUGUUGAGGCGGCCGAUCGGAGCUGUGGCCGUAAGGUGGUUGGUGCCUGUCGUGGCGGCAAUCCCCGAACCCGCUGGUGGACACCUGGGGUAAGGGAUGCCGUCAAGCUGAAGAAGGAGGCCUAUCGGGCCUUUUUGGCCUGUGGGACUCCGGAGGCAGCUGACAGGUACCGGCUGACCAAGCGGACUGCGGCUUCGGCGGUCGCCGAGGCAAAAACUCGGACAUCGGAGGAGUUCGGUGAGGCCAUGGAAAACGACUUCCGGACGGCUUCGAGGAAAUUCUGGUCCACCAUCCGGCGUCUGAGGAGAGGAAAGCAGUGCACCAUUAACACUGUGUAUAGUGAAGAUGGUGUACUGCUGACCUCGACUCGGGACGUCGUGAGUCGGUGGGGAGAAUACUUCGAAGCCCUCCUCAAUUCCACCGACACGCCUUCCUUUGAGGAAGCAGAGUCUGGGGACUCUGAGGUGGGCUCUUCAAUCUCUGGGGUUGAAGUCACUGAGGUGGUUGGUAAGCUCCUCGGAACUGCCCGGAACACCUCUCCAGGGAGGCGUCCAGGAGGCAUCCGAACCAGAUGCCCGAGGGUAUAUGCAGCGAUGGGUAAAAGUGAAUUUAUUAAAAAAUGGAUGGAAGAAGGUAUAUUUAAGAGGUGGCUGUCCCCCUUUGAAAAUAACAACAAUAUGUAUGUGACCAAUACCAUAUAUAAAAAAAAGUAAUAUAUCACGGUAAUUUGUAUCACAACAGGUUAUCGACAUACUCUCACCAAGAAUCGAUGUAUCGCUUCAAAAAGGUGUCACUGUUUUUAUUUAAAAAAAAACAACAACAAAAAACAAUAGGAACCAACAGGUUGCUACCAAAAUCUUCCAUUAGAAUAGUGUUUACAUUAGAUUGCCAACUUAUUUUGACUGGAUUGGACGUCUAGCGCCGUCAAUAGUAUUGAAACUAGAGCAUUCACAGCUUGUCUUUUGUGGGCAUUUGCAGGUCACGUUCAUGUUUGGGCAUUUAAAGGUUACCUUCUGUUGUUUUUGAGUCAUUUCCUAUUCAUUUGAGGACAUUAUUGAGUCACGUCCCUUUCAUUAACCCAAAAUCAUCAGGGAGUGACCUGUCAAUGCCCCAAAACCAAAAGGAAGUGACCCAAAAUGCCUCAAAAGGAAAAGGAAUUGACUGACAAUCAACAGGAAAUCGCGUCAAAUGCCCCAAAAUAAACUUGUUGCCUGGUAUUGGCUGCCACUGACGGCCAAUGAUGUCCAAUCCGUUUGAAGCGGGAGGGAUAGCAAUGGAUAAUUUGCUGUCAUCCCUCCAGUUUCAAAUGGAUUGGACGUCUACUAGUGAUAAACUCACAGCAGAAGGAUGAAAACAGCUUGUUUUUCUGUUUAUAAGUUGUUUUGUGGAUUUUCCUAGAAUGAUAUCCUGAUAAUUGUUAUAUCGCCAUAUGGUGAGAUCGUUAUCGUGAGCUUUGUAUCGCAAAUUCUAUUGUAUCGUGAACUACCUAGAGGUUCCCACCUAGCUUUUUGUGUUAACCAUGAUGUUGAACAAUCAUUGUUUUUAAGUAAUUUGAGAAUUGUUUUGCGGCUCCCAUGAUGCCAUUCUUCAGAUAAGAUGCAAAGAGGAAAGAAACUUGAAAAUAAAUGGCCAUCUUAAAUACCCUUUCUCAUAGAGGUGUAACGGUACACAAAAAUCUCGGUUCGGUACGUACCUCGUUUUUGAGGGCACGGUUCGGUUCAUUUUCGGUACAGUAAGAAAACAAAAUGCAAAAUAUAAAUGUGCUAGUUGUUUAUUACACACCUUUGUGCUUUCAACAGUAGGAACAUUAGCCUAUACAAAGCUAGAAUUCUGCUAAAAAAGUAGCGGGUAUUUAAAGAUAAUCCAACAACAAUUUGCCUUUCAGACGCCGCGUAUUGGUCAGCUUUCUUUCUGAAAGAAAAAAGAAGUCCUGUGCUAAAGAGAAAAGCAAUCCCAAUAACAAAGAUUUUAACAUGUAUUUUACAAAUGAAAUGCCUCAAUGAAUCUAUUUUUUUAUCUUAUGAACGAUUUUUAAAAGCUUAAUUGGUGGAUUUUCUCAGGUUAAAGCGCCACACAGAAAUUAAUAAAUUUAAUUGUGUAAGCAUUAGAGCAGGGCGGUAAACCGAAAAUUUACCGUCACCGAAAUUCGUAACGAUGACCGACGUAAUUUUGACCAUGUCGGUAAAUUCGGUAAAUUAAUAAAACAAGAAAAUAUAGUCUUUUCAUCCUGCUUUGAUUCUGUCGUUCGUCUAUGUUCAUUCCCCUUUAAGAAAGCAGUCAAUGGGCUUACGUAGAGAGUCACGUGAUCAUCAAGAAGCCAAUCAAACAAAGGCCUGGUAAGCUAACGCUAGCAGCUAACGCUACAAGCAAAACGUGAUGGAGUGUGGCUUAAGGGAGGUUCACCAAACUUUCACCCGACAUUUAGUAGACUCUUGGUGGCAUCCAGACGGACUUUCACCCGCUCUCCUCCCUUGUUCUCACGAUUUCCAGAGAUGGUGCUUUCGUGGCUUUCUACUGGUAGCCAGGCUAACGCUAGCUAGCGGCUAACGCUACAAAUGAACGUGAUGGAGUCUGAUAGCGGCUCUAACCUUGUCGAAACGCCUGAACUUAAUGAGUGGAUUGGGCACGGACAGCAUCUAGCAACUACUAUGUGGCGUUAUUUUGUAUCUGUCUGUGUGUGAUUCCUCUGAUAGCUUUUGUGAUGGUAAAGCAUUCAGCAUAAAGUACAAUCCAACGGCAAAACUUAUAAUGACCGAGAAAUGGCCCCAGCUAUUUUUCUGUAUGUGCUUAUUUCUGUGUCAUUAUUGCUAUCAUAAAAUCUUAAGCGUUUCAUUUGAAAAAGAUCAAUAUAGCUUUAAUGUGUGUGUGUCUCUCUGUUUGUUUGGGGGUUCAUUUGUGCGUGCAUUUAUUAAAAAAUGCACUUGGGGAGACCCUGAAACCAUAAAGUAAACACUUGUAUUUAAUAAUUAUGUCACAGCAGCCAUUAACAAUAAGUUGUCUUUUUGAAGUGUACUGUUCAAGCUGCAAGUCAUUUGUGUUACAAUGACGUUUGCACAGGCAUAUUGAUUUUGAUAAUGUACAUUGUUCAAGUCAUACACGCUGUUAUAAAUGUUCAUACUUGAAUUCUUAUUGCUUACGAUACAUUUUUAUAAACUUAAUGUUUAGACUGCACGUACAAUUGUUAAAUAUGGUAUAUGAAAUUGCUGGUAAAUAAAUCAACAAGAAACAGUUGAUCUGUAUUUCAUGCAUUGAUUCAGAUUUUCAAAUUAUAUAACAGUACGCUUGGGCGAAUUUAUCGUCAUUUAUCGUUAUCGAGAUAAAUCUGCUCAAUUUAUCGUGAUACAUGUUUAAGGCCAUAUCGCCCAGCCCUAGUAAGCAUGAUCUGUUUAUUAUUCUUAUUAUUUAAUUACAGGUGUUUUAGCUCAUUUCACUUUAUUUUCUUUAAAUGGGCUAUUUUUUAUUUUAUUAUGUGUUUUAUAUUUGGCAAAUGUGAUGUAGUAUUCAUUUAUAUUCUAUAUUUUAUGUUGUAUAACUUUAGUUCCUAUGUGAAUAUUAGUUCCUACUUGUUCUGUUGUGGUAGGAGGGUUUUGUAUUGAACACAGGGCCAUGUUGGUUAUUAUUAUAGCAGAGAAGACAGCAAAUCAACAAAGACAAGUCAACUGUGCCCCGAUCUACCACUCAAGAGAUCUGAUGGACUCAAAAAGUGGGUUAAGAUUGCAUAUUAGUUUAAAAAUCGACCGGAUCCACCGUAUUUUUACACGAGUGACUUCCGGUCUGCAUGUUCCUAGCUACCGGUAGUAGUAUUGAUGCAGGAGGGUCGCGUCUCGCGUCAAAUAAUAAACUCUGCCGUUCUUUUCGCGUGCGUCGUGUUGAGCAGCUUUUGGGACGCGUCUAACACGUGUGCAUUGGCUGAUUGACUUUAACGCCCGCGUUUCACUGCGUUCUCGCGGCGGCCACGUUGUCGCGCCGUUGACGUUUCUGGGUUAUACUUUCCUACCGUGUUGGUCCUCAUUAUAGUAGAGAAGACGGAGUAAAUAUAAUGUACACAAAUAAACUGUAACCCAAUCGACUCACAGCCUCGAAAAGUAAGGGUUACAUUACGUCAGAAACUCCGAGCACCACGUACCGAAACGGUUCAAUACAAAUACAUGUACCGUUACGCCCUUACUAGUUUCUCAUAACUGGCUUCACCUGUGUAUGUAGGUCAAGAGUCAAUGAGCUUGCCAAACAAAUUUUGUGUUCCAAUAACUAACGCUGGAGGUAUUGAAAUCAAGAUACAACAAAAGGAGCCCAUAUUCAUGCACAUUUCUUCUUGUUCGUCUGCUAUAUGAUAUAUUUAGCUGAAAUUGAUGAUUCAUUGAUGAUUUACAUACCUGUCAACCCGAGGCCGUUGGCAAUCUUACAAAUAGUGACAUAUGCCCUUACAAAUUGAUGACUAAUCUUACAAUGUUUUAUAUAGCGUGCAAUAUGAAACAAAAAUAAAACUCAAUAUCUAAAAGAAUAUGAAUUUAUUGGUAAUAUUGUCACAUAUAACCUGGUGCAAUCAAAGAACAAUCCAUAUCUUCAGCUACAUCAUGAUUACUAAAAUUUAACAGUGACUUUUGUUAUAAUUGUACGUAGCACUUCUGGCAAUUUCUAUCAUGUCUUUUGAUCGUUGGACUUCAUGGCACUUCAGCUCGCAAUUCAGUUUGACUUGAAGGUAGUUCGUUAGUGUGUCCAAUUAUAAAUUAAAAAGGUCAAUUGAUAAUAUUAACUUACCGAUGCAAUCUUUGGGUUAAGGAACAUUUCUUUUGCUAAUUCAGAACAGUGAUCAGCAAUAGUUGCAGGCAAAUUGUGUUCGGCAACACAUUGGCAGAAUAAAAUCUCCGAUUUCGUCACUUUUCAUUCUGCAGACUGCAUGUUUGACAAGUGUUGUUAAUCUUGCAGUUAAAAAGUAAUUAAUUACAGUUCCAAAUUUCUUCUCCCUAAAAGUAAUUGAGUUAGUAACAGUUACCUGAAUGUAAGAGUAAUUAGUUACUUGGCAAAGUAACUGGUGUUACCUUUCAUGUAUUUUUUUUUUCAUUUUUUUCAACAAAACAAAAGGAAAAAACAUAGUAACCUUUGCUAUGUUUUGGAAGUCAUUUCAUGUUGUGAAUCUACCGUUAAAGUUGUUAAAAUUGCUCCUGUCUUUGCAUUAGUUCCCUUCUGUCUACUUUUGACAUGUUAAAGUUUUAAAAGUGUUUCAUCAUUUAAAGAUGGAUUUAAGUCAAGAUUUUGCCGAUUUAGGAGUAUUUUAAAUAAAAAAUUACUUAAGUUUGCUAGGAAGGUUCACUACAACAGAGCCUUUCUGAGAAGUCUACUGCUUUAAGAUGGCGGUUGUUUGCUAACGCUGCUGAGUCUGUCAUUUCGCAUCUAGUUCUAUAUGCAUAUGAUAUCUAGUGUAGCAUCAAGAGAGCGUAGAUUGUGGGCUGUAGGCUACAGUCAGGAAAUAUUGGAGCCACCUUAGCCUAGCAUCGCGUUUGAAACUGCGUCACAACACUCUUCCCUCCUUCCCACUCCCGCUCUUCUUUCUCCGUGUCUCUGACUUUUCUCACGUCAUUCAACCAUUGUAGCAAUGCAUAGUGACGCACAUUGUCUCUUUGCCGAAACGGUGACAAAAUCCGAACGGAGAAAAAAAAACUUAAUGCAUGAAAAACGUACAGAUUUUGAACCUACAGCGUACAUAUUUAAAAAUCAGUGCGCACUUGUACAAAUUAUGCCAAAACCGUACAACUUCACAGGUUAUCUAUAAAGGAAGGGGGGCCCCAAACUUUUUCAUCACACCGUAAAUACUAAGAAAGCUCAUCUUUAUGUACAUUACCACCACUUUUUUAGCAAACAAAAAAGUCCAAUAUUUUUUUUCCUCAACCAGCACUAAAAUCUUUUCUUUUCCAAUCUACGCCACUGCAAGUACAAUUUAGCCAUUAAAAAAAACCCUAAGCAGAUAUCUUCCAAAAUGUUGUAGACCAAUGUAAUUAAAACAUUAAUCGAUUAUCAAAAUAACUGCAAGUUGCUGUCAUUGUAAAGGUCAAAGGUUACAUUGCAGAAGUCCAUGAAUAAUAUGUUUAUUUUCAUUUUUUUAAUCGAAGUGCUCAUGCUGAAAUGUUAAAGAAGCUAUUUCAAUUUCAAUUUCAAAGGUGAUCAUCACAUUCUGUAGGAGACAAAAAGGAAAAGGGUGGGUAAAUAGUAUGCUGUUUUUUGGUGGGGUGUUGGAGCAUUGAGUGCAGCCUCAUGUGCAUGAAUGGUGGGCUGUACAGGGCGGCCGUAAAACUGUCAAGACAAAAAAGCUAGAGUCUCUUAAGUUACUAGAGGCUGGUCCCAUAACAGACUGCUAUAGGACCACUUCUUUCUCAUGUAGUUCAAGCACAGAAUGAGUUGUUCGUCGUAGAUUAGAGAACAAGACAUCAGUUUUCACAUAGUGUCUCAUGUUGUGAUGGGUAUGUUAUGUUGCAGCCUUGCAAAUUAUGUUCAAAUUGAAAUUGGGCUAAACAUCCCACUCACUAAUGAAAAAUAAGAUCUAGUUACUCGUGUCAUUUUGCUCAGGGGAUGGUCUUUAGCCAUGGUUGAUCUUAGUAGAUUUGUUUUGGCUGUACCAAAUUUGUAUCAAGUAAUGACAUAUAAUGUCAGUUAUAUUACUUCAUAUUUACAAGUGCUGUUGGUAUGAUAUCCUUGUUAGUUUAUUCACAACACUGAGUGUAAUAUGUUGUGUAAAAUAUCACUUCCUACUUGAAACAACUACAUGAAAAAAAGUACUUUUACCACUAAAGAUGUCCAUGAUCCUAUCAUGUGAUGGGGAAUCAGGCUUGAUCAUGCUAUUUUUACAAGUUCGUAAUCAGGUGAAAAAGAAAGAGUAAUGUAAUGUCAUUAUUUUAUUACGUUUUAAUUAAGGCCGCAACAAGUAAUUGAUUUAUAAAUUAGUCGCCAACAAAUUUGGUAAUUGAUUUUUGCUGGCAGCUAUGAUAAGCAGUCCCGUUUGGGUCCCUGUCUGUGUGUAAUGUGAGGCUGCGAGCCCGCCAGUGAUUAGAGCAAGAGAGAGAGUUCACUGCUACACUUGGGUUGGGUUGCUCAAUCAAUAAUAUUACCAAGUGUCAAGAGUUAGACUGUAUUUUGUGUUGUUAGAUCCAGUGUGCCUUCGUCAGAAGUGAAUAAAUGAAGCCAAUUGUAUUGCUUGUAUUCUUUGUUGAUGAGACGUUACUACUUAACACUGAGCGCUAAGCAAGUUAGCGAUUUUGCUUAUCCGUGUCUUAAGUGUCUGUUUGUAUUGUGUUUUGGAGAAGCAUAUUAGCACUUGAGUUAUUGUAAGAUUGUAAAAUUGUGUCAUUUAUGUUUAUUAAGAAACCACACACAUAAACCAAGCUUAGUCUCCUUUCAACACAAAAUCCCAUUCAAACUGUAAAUUGUCGUACAAAAGAGUGUGCUUUGAAGUUGGAUUUGGAUUGUAUUUAUGAACAACUGUUUUAUAAAGAAAACUGAUUCAUUACAGACUGCGUUCUCCUCAUUUGAUUUUGUUGUUUAGUUUGUUUAAAGAAAAUAAAUGUCAUUGACACAAUUUUUAUCAGUGCUUUGCCCGCAAGAAAAAAAAAUGUCAAUCAGCUGCACUUUUUUAUAUCUGAAUGAAGAGGACCUUUGUCUGAUUUGUGUACUGAGAAAUUAUUUUUAAGUUUUAUACUCGGAACUUUUAUUAAAUAGUUUACAAGUUUUAUGUACUUAAAACAGUAUACAGUGAUCCCUCGCUACUUUGCGCUUCAAACUUCGCACCCUCAGUCCAUCACAAUGAUUAGGCCUGUCACGAUGACAAAUUUUAGUAGGCGAUAUUGUCUCAUAAAUUAUUGCCAAUAUGCAAUAUUAUUGCCAAUUUUUUUGAACCAGUUCAACCACCAAUGUAGUGACAAUACAUCCUAAUAAACCAUCCAUUGAAAUGCUAUAAAUUGCUAUUCUUUAAUUAAACACAAACUAUAUUAAAAAUAAUAAAUAUUAAAAAAACACACACAAUGCAUAACGAGUCAAUUGAAAGCUAGCUAAGUGCUGAAUAUGAAAUAGAUUAGAAACACAAUGCCAUUUUGUUCUCUGCCAAUUAGGCCAUCAUAAGUGUUUACUCAGUAUUUGAUCCAAAAUGACAGUCAUCUUAUCCUGCAAAGUGCACAUGUGAGCAAAUUGAAGCCAAAUAAUUCAUUGACUGAUUUUUUAAAAAUAAAGGGUGUCAUUUUAAAGCUAUUCUUAGUGUAGAAUCUGAAGUAUGAGGGAUUAACUCCAGAAAUCGUUAUUUACUAGUAUAUGUUGAACAUGAUGUACUUUUAUUUUGAAAUGUUCACCGGAAGUACAUUCACCAAACCACUAACAGUAAGCUUAACACUCCGUAAAAAAAUGUCAUGCAAGUGGUGUCAGAAUUUUUUUUUUUUUUCAUUUUUUAGUUUGCAAACGCAGUUAACCAGCUUUUUCAUGUUGGGAGUGUCUCCUUUUAAAAUACAAUUUUGUGUUUUGGAGAAGACUGUCAAUGUUGUAUAGCAGGCUACAGUGGUUAGUACAUUGACUUUUUUCAAUGAGCCUCAAUGUAGCAAUGCUAACGUUUUACAAUGUUUAAUACAGACGUGUUUCCUUAUUUUGUAUUUCUGAAUUUUAAUUCUACGGCGUGCUGAUGACCACUAAACAUCUGUGAAAGGACCUGGAGUCACAUAUACCAUCAACACGCACGUUUGCCGAGUGCACUCAGCACACACAAACACACACACGCACAAAUGAAUACAUGCACGGACGCAUCCGGCGAUAAAUCGCAGCCGCGAAAAUUACCACCCUCAUAUUUAUUUACUGUGCGAUAAAUGGACUUACAAAAUACGACAGGCGACAGGCUUAGCAGUGAGUGCACUGGAGUUGCUUAUUAAGGUAAAUGAUGAUUGACAGAUGUUUAAUUUUGAAAUUCGGUUCUCUGGCAAGAUCAAAGCGGCGAAUGCGUCAAUCAUCGUUUAACUUGUUAAACAGUUGCUGCGGCAACAGAUUUUGUGUAAGUGAGCAGCUCAGUGGAUUUGAGUGGACUCACUCAACUCAAUGAAGCAUUUAAUAAACCCAGGCAUUCUUCGACUUCAUUCUUGUUUGAAAAUAAUUUGGUCGUACAAUAGCAUGUUUAAAAUUUAUCAUAAUUAUUACAUUUGAAGUGCUUAAAAACCAUUUAUUAAAAUAUAUAUAUUAGUGAUGCACGCUAAUACAUUUUUCAACCGAUGACGAUAACCGAUAAUUUCCUCCUGAUUCCAACCGAUAACCGAUAAUGUCAAGCCGAUAAUUCUAUUAAGAUUUAUGUAAAAUUUUAAAGUAUACACAAAAGAAAAUAUUACUUUGCAAAAAUAUAAUUCAUUGCUCUUUUUUUCAACAUAAAAUAUGAACAAAUAUUCAAUUCCAACAUCUAAAUAAUGACAGAUUUUCUGACAUUGUGUAAUGGUAAACUUUUGGCAACAAUUACUUACAGAGUAAAUACCUAAGUUGCACAAAAAUGCCUUUAAAAGUAAGCCAUUUCUAACAUAAAUAACAUUAAUACACUGCAAAACACACCUCCUUAAAACUAGUCAGUUUUAAGUGUAAAUCUAUUGGAAAUAAGUGAAAUUAUCUGCCAGCGCUUCAAGUGUAUUUCUCUCAGAUUUCUUGGAAAAAAAUAGCUAGCUGAAAAUAAUCUUAACAGCUUUAUUUUAAGCAAUACAUUAUUAUACUUAAUCCUAAAAAAAAAAAAAAAAAAAAAAACUUGGAAGAAGAAAAGAUUUUGAAUAAUAUUUGUGGCUACAGAAUAUUACUGUUAUUACAUUACAACAGGAAUGUGCAUAUUUAAAUUGAUAAGUGUUAAUAAGUGCCAAUAAGUUUUGAUUAUCUACUGUGACUGUAAUUGAGCAGACAAAUAAGUUAAAUUCAUUUGAAAAGUGAUUGCUAAUGUUAUAUGCUUUUUUGCACACUGUGAAAAUUAUUAACUCAAAAGAGCGAGAUGUCACAUACCCAUUCUGCAGCGCUUUGUUUACAUUUGCGGCACUCACGACAUUUGCUUUACAGCAGCUAAACUGAUACACGGCAGUACUAUUUGGAUGGAGUUGGAGCUCGCAUCUCCGUGCGUGUUGUUUUGUGCCUGAGUUUUGUUAAGCCGAAAAUAAAGGCAGCGUUACAAAGUCAUCUGACCGCUUGUUAUUUUACAUACUGAAUGCAUUAUUGACUGGCUGACUUCGUUUUCUCCAUGUUUAAAUUAUCAUCUAACCACUGUGCCGUCAUGAUAAGCUUGUUUACUGGACAUCACUUUUCCAAAUGUACGUGGUAAAAAUGUGAUUGGCAUGUUUUUCAUGAAGAAUGGUGGUCGUAUAAACUGCAUUAUUUUUUUUAUCCAGGGCUUUGGCUCUCGGGUCAUUUCGGUAAAAAAAAAUCGUGUCUUGUCUCGGCGGCUACGUUCGUACUGGAUAAUCCGCCCGCACCGGCCGGUUCGCCGCGGCUUAUUCGGGGCCUGGCUCUGCUCGCACACCGUGGGGGAACGGCGAGGCGUCGGCGGCCUGCCGGACCGGCCAGAGCGGCAGGCUCCGUCGGGAGACGGCUACUUGCAGACUAUCGGUCUCUAGUCAUGCCGGUGUUUAGCCUUAGAUGCGAGUUUACCACCCGCCUUGGGCUGCUUUCCCAAACAACCCGACUCUGUAUUGUCACAAGCCUCCUAGUUUAGCUUAUGUUUACAAUAGCUUUAGCAUUCCCGCUAGCAGCAGCCUCGUAUUCGUUCCAAAAAUCUUUGUGAUGCAGUUUUAAAUGGAUGCUGGGUUAGUGGUUUUGAAUGAGGACACUUUCUUUCGGCCUCGUGGAACUUCUGCGGUACAUGUUUCGCAGAUGACGAGAGCGUCGUUUUUUUUAGUAACAGCCGCCAUAAUAUUCAACUAUUUCUUGUUGUGUAACUCCGCCUCCUCAACCCCUCCUCCCUCAGGGGCUUCAGAGAGGGGAGGGUUUGAGGAGGCGGCGUGCUGUAUUCUUCAGUUGUGCACAUUUGGAGGCUAAAUCAAGUAUAUAAUUAUCGGCUUGCAUUAUCGGUUGAAUUUUUUUAUUAUCUGGAUUAUCUGUGUGACGUCAUA